GAACAACUUUAUGACACACGAUAAUGACAGUUGGUAAUCGUAUUCUUGACUGAGUUUAGAGAAAAAUGCUAUUCGUUGAAACGUUUUGCUAAUUUUGUCAAUAUAAACAAGUUGUACAUACUGCUGCUGAUUAUGGACAACACAAAACGGAAUUUAUUUUUAUUUCUAGCUCUAAUUAGUUGGUGCAAUUAUGCUGCUGGUGACUGUUCUAUGCCCCAAAUAUUAAGAGGGACAUGGUUUUCAUGGGAAACUGGACGACCCACACAAACUGUAAUCGAUGCAACAACAAUGUCUCAAAGAGGCGAAUGUGUGACAUUUCUAAAAGACGGAGCCGAUUACACAUUCAUCUUCAAGGGACUCGGAAACAACUGCUAUCACUGUGUCAAAGCUUACACAAGAACGUUGAAUGUUUUCGAGAAAAUCGAAAGUCCGUGCGUUACCUUACUACCAAACGAGGAGCCAACAAUAGAACGUGUUUGUAUUGGAAUCCGGGACGAUCAACAGUUGAUAACGUUGUUCAACGAAAAUUAUGUGCCGAUCAAUUGCCGAUCGUCGCUAGAAGGUGUAUGGCAGUUUGCUUACCAGAAUCGGUUCCGUUUCACUGGCGAGUGCGAUAAUCCUGAAGCUCGAAUUCAAUCUUGUCAAACGGCAGGAACGCAAUUCUUAAUCACCAAUCAAAAGUUCAACAUCACCUACAAGCAAUGCCAGGGUAUGUCGGGAACGUUUUCCGGUGUAGUCGAAUACAGCUGUCUGGGCGAUUGGUUCGUCGGUAAGAAUCACUACUUCGCCGUGGCCAACACAAAGGAAAGUCGUAAGGACGAGAAGUAUCGUUGCUUCCUGAAGAAUCGUGACGAUGACUUUUACAUUGGUGUGUCCAUAACGGCCGAAUGUAAUACACUGAAGACGGUUGAAAAGUCACCGGAAAGAAUGCGAGUUACACCGGUAAAGGCUGAAGUUGUCGUUCCCGGAUGUCGACUGCCGCAGAAUUUCAGCGGUGAAUGGGUUAAUACGGCCAAUAUUGACGCAGACGUUUUCAUCAACGAGACUCAUAUCAUUGAAACGUAUCAUCCGGAUAGAGCUCGAUGGCGCAGAUCGAUCUACGUAUGUCGCGAACAACGUGAUACUCGAAUUAUGAUGGCCCGUUUAACAGUCGAUGGAUGUCAGAAAGAUUACGUUUGCUUCGACUUUGUACCACGACAUCACAACAUCAUUCGUUAUCGUAAAGGUUUGGCUGUGAUCAAGGACGACUUCAGUCACGUAUGUUCAUGGGUACAGUUCCCCAAUAAAGAGGAAUGGCGUUACGACUUAUAUCUAGCGAAAAAUCCGGUCCCAGUAAGAUGUCCGGUUGCUGGAAAAUUCAAUUUCACCCAACACGGCGAACAUCCCUUCAAAACAAGAAUUCUUGGAGGUGUUACCCUCAGUCCCCGACCCGACAUUAGAUGCAAACAAAAUAUUUCCGAUCUGUCUGUAUGCGAUACCGAUCAGAAAGAGAUGGCCAUCGACGAAAACUAUUGUCUGAGUGUGGACCAUUUGGGUCGACCGGUCGACAUCUAUCACGAUCCCGAUUACAUUAUGAAGUGCAUCGGUUUUUGGAAGGAAAAUCUGCGAUCCUAUUUGAUCACCUACGAUGACCUGGAUCCGCUGUCAAAGUACAGAUGUUGGGUGUACCAGAGAGCCGAUUUGAAUCGUGUGCUGAUGUCGCAAGCCGUUGGUGCCUUUUGUCACAUCAAACAGGAUGUGACUUCGUCCAAUUUUACGGAGGGUGCAGUGGUAGCACUCGAUAUGACAGAGUAUGAGAGAGAACGGGACCAGUGUCCCAUGCAUUUUGACGACGGUGAGAAUCCGUGGCGACAAACCGAAAAUUUUAUCAAAAUCUUUGAUUGGGACUUUUAUAAGAGUUCUUCGACUGCGCACAAGUAUGUGACCUGGUUGGUUUUAUUGAGCGUAGCCAUCAAAAUAGUUUUUUAGAAUCACAUUCCAAAUUAAUUCCAAUUUUUGAACUCGUAAAAUUUCAAUGAAUCUCAGUACGAUUCUCAUUUUGUAAAUGUUUUUCAUGUGUAGGCAAAAAAAAAAGUUUUGAACGAGAAAGUCCCUCGUUUUUAAGUGUAAAAUGAAACGUAACAUUUCCGAUAAUAUUUUAGUGUUAAGUUAAGAUUAAGCGUUUAUGAAACAGCAAUACGUCCGACACGAAUGCCUUUUCAACCAUUUCGAUUAUAAUUUUUGUACGUUACACUAAGAAUCCAAAUUUUAUAGAAUUUGACGUUUAGAAAUAAAAAAAAAUGCGAAAUU